GGGCGCUUGGUGAAGGUGGGAAGAGGGGCCACGUCACAGUCUCCAGGCCCGGGGACCCGCGGCUCCGCCCCUCCCACCCCCGCCGGAGCGCUGGGCACGGAUCUAAGACUCACCGGCCCCAGCCCAGGGCCAGCCCAGUCGCCGCCGCCCGCCCACAAAGCCACAGGCAGGUGCAGGCGCUGCUUAGGGGCGAGCGGGCUGAGCGGAGCCGUUAGCGCGCGCCGUCCGUCCGUGCGUCCAAGCCGUCCGCGCGUCCGUCGAGGCAUCCCUCCGUCUGCGCGCGGCAGCUCCCACCCAGGCCCGGCGGCCACGGCCCGUCGUCUUCCCGCACCCUGAGCCGCCCGGCAGAGCCGGCCUUGGCGCGGCAGCCAUGUCCAUGGGCCUGGAGAUCACGGGCACCUCGCUGGCCGUGAUGGGCUGGCUGAGCACCAUCGUGUGCUGCGCGCUGCCCAUGUGGCGCGUGACGGCCUUCAUCGGCAGCAGCAUCAUCACGGCGCAGAUCACCUGGGAGGGCCUGUGGAUGAACUGCGUGGUGCAGAGCACCGGCCAGAUGCAGUGCAAGGUAUACGACUCGCUGCUGGCGCUGCCGCAGGACCUGCAGGCGGCCCGCGCCCUCAUCGUCGUCGCCAUCCUGCUGGCCGCCUUCGGGCUCCUCGUGGCGCUGGUGGGCGCCCAGUGCACCAACUGCGUGCAGGACGACACGGCCAAGGCCAAGAUCACCAUCGUGGCGGGAGUGCUCUUCCUGCUGGCCGCCUUGCUCACGCUGGUGCCGGUGUCCUGGUCGGCCAACACCAUCAUCCGGGACUUCUACAACCCCCUGGUGCCGGAGGCGCAGAAGCGUGAGAUGGGCGCGGGCCUGUACGUGGGCUGGGCGGCCGCGGCGCUGCAGCUGCUGGGGGGCGCGCUGCUCUGCUGCUCCUGCCCGCCGCGCGAGAAGAAGUACGCGCCCACCAAGAUCGUCUACUCCGCGCCCCGCUCCGCCGGCCCGGGCACUAGCACAGCCUACGACCGCAAGGACUACGUCUGAGGGGCGGCCGCGGGGAGACCCCACCACCCCACGGGCGAGAGCGCCCACCGGUGCCGCGUGCGGCCUCUCCUCGGAGACCAGCCCCCCCUCCCCCCAGGUGCCAGGAGCUCUCACACGGGACCGGGAGGGACCAACCCCGCGGCCCCUUCCUGGGCAGCACACCCCGCUCCCCGGCCCCACGGCGCGCGGGGGACCAGCCCACACGGACAGUGAAACCUCAGCCCCUCCGGAGAGCGGGGCCCGGUGGCCGCCGCUACUUGCCCGCCCCGUCGGGCCUGGGUCCCAAAGCCCGCGUUGGGCAGGGACCGGCAGUCUUGGAAAGGGCCAGUUGAUAUUUUUCAAUAAAAGCCUUUCGUUUUUGCAGUUA